AUGCCGUUAUCUGCACCGUUACAUGGUAGUAUGGACUGCGAUAGGAGAGAUUCUGCUUUCAUGACAGUAUGUUCAUUUAAAUGCUACUCUGGAUAUCAGCUGAUUGGUACUAGAAAAAGAGAAUGUCUAGCUAUUGGUGAAUGGAGUGGACUUCAAGUAUCAUGUAGAGAGAUAACAUGUCCAGUACGAGCCAAUGUUGAAAACGGUGUGAUCGAUCCAUCCAGGUGUUUAGAGGCAAAAUCGUCAGUUCAGAGUAUCUGCUUAGUUUCUUGUAAGAAAGGGUACACCAGAAAAGGACCCGGAAAAUAUCAUUGUUUAAUAACUGGCGAAUGGACAGAUGAAGACAAAGUUACCACGUGUACUGACACAUCACCACCAACGAUAGUGUGUCCUCUUAGUAUAGUGACAGAAACAUCUUCUAAUAGUAAUACGGCUAUAGUAGAAUGGGACAUGCCAGACACUGAGGAUAAUUCAGAUGACCCAGUCUCACUCACCGUAGUACCAGCUGUCACAUCUCCACAUCCUUUACCAAUUGGUGUGCAUAAUAUCAACUAUACAGCAACAGAUAAAGUCGGCAAUAAAGCACAUUGUAAUUUCAUGGUGUUUGUUCGAGACGUACAACCACCAGUUAUUGAACAUUGUCGUUCUCCGCCGACAAUUCUUUCACUUGAACCCAUGACUUAUGUUGACUGGGAACAACCAAGAUUCUCUGACAACUCUGGUGAAAUUACUAGUAUUACACAGACACACCACCCAGGUAUAUUCUCAUGGGGUACAACUGUAGUAGAAUAUGUAGCGUCCGAUGCAGCUGGAAAUACUAGGAAAUGUCAUAUUGUACUCCAAGUGCAAGAAAGUAUAUGUGAUAUCCCUGAAGAUCCACUGCACGGCGAGACAUUGUGUUCACCAUUGGACUCUGGCAUUAAUUGCAGUUUGCAAUGUAUAGAAGGAUAUGGAUUUGCUAUUAAGCCUAAUGCAGGAUAUUAUUGUGAUAAUAAUGGAAUAUGGUAUCCAUAUAGUGAAUUACCGUGGCCGGAUUGCUCAGUUAAAAGAAGUGCUAAUAAUGCACAUAAAGCAAUGAGUGUUAAAUACCACACAGUACAGCGAACGUGUAAUGUUACAAUAUUGGAUAAAAUACCAGAGGCAUUCCGUACUCAGCUGAGUGAAAAGAUUUCUGAGUUCUGUCAAAAUGAUGUGUUGUGUGAACUUAAUAAUGUGACGGCUUCCUGCAAAGAAGUUGAAACAGAAGAAACUAUUGAAUCUAAGAAUGGUCUAAACUUGUUAAGAAGACGAAGAAGAAGAAGCAGGUCAGAUGUACCAGUGGAAGAGGAUAUAAUUGUGGAAAUUACAGUCUUAGGUACCAAAUGUUUUACAUAUUCAAAUAAGUAUGGUAGCAUUGAUCUACCAAACAGCUCUGAUCAAGUAGAAGCAGAGAAGCGCCAACUUGUUCUUCUAGACGAACUCAGUAAAACUCCGUUGGAAUUACAGAAUGAGGCGACAAUUGGCAACUUAGAUUUAUAUUUAGACGGUGAUGUUCUCGAUGUAGAUACUACAAGUAUAAAAACCAAACCCACCACUCCAAUAUGUACAAGUGGUAAAGUACUUGAAGGAGAUCAAUGUGGAAGUUACCAGGAUGAAGAAGCUCAGCUACAAUGUAAACAUUGUCCAACUAACAGUAGCACAGUAGAGUCUAGGUCAAGAUCACAAGACAACUGUCAUGAGUUGUGUAGUCCUGGUACAUUUUCCCCUACUGGUUUAGAGCAGUGUGAGGGAUGCGAGAUCGGAUAUUAUCAGCCUGAUGCCGGUAGUACAGACUGUUUAGCCUGUCCAUUUGGUACUACUACAGCUAACAUAGGAACACCAACUUUACAAGAAUGUAAAGAGCCAUGUUUAAGUGGUUACGUGUCAAUGGAUGGUAUGGCACCGUGCUACCCUUGUCCUAUUGGCUAUUAUCAACCAGAUGAUAGACAAAGUCAAUGUUAUCAGUGCCCAAAUGGUGUAAACACCAAAUCUGGUGGCUCAUCAUUAUAUACGCAAUGCGAAGGUGUGAGUUCAGAUGACAACGAGACUAUAUAUGGUAUAUUGCAAUUCAAUGAGUGUUUUGCAUUUCCUUGUCAAAAUAAUGGUAAUUGUAGUCCAAUGCCAGCUGGAUAUCAAUGUCAGUGUAGGCCAGGAUAUACAGGUGUACACUGUGAAUUUGACAUUAACGAAUGUGAAAGCGACCCAUGUGUUAACAAUGCUACGUGCCAUGAUGAAAUAAACUACUUUGUAUGCCAGUGUUUGCCAGGGUUUACGGGAACAAGUUGCGAGUAUGAAGUAGAUGAAUGCCUAUCCAAUCCGUGCCAGAACAAUGGAACAUGUAACGAUCUGAUUGGUCGUUUUAACUGUGAUUGUUUACCUGGUUACUUAGGUAACCAGUGUGAAAUCGACAUUGAUGAAUGUUUGACUAAUAGUUGUUACAACAAUGCAACAUGUAUGGACAAAGUAAAUGGAUUCAGCUGUCAUUGCAUGCAAGGUUAUAGUGGUAUAUUAUGUGACAUUGAUAUCAAUGAAUGUUUAUCAGCACCAUGCAGUAGUACAUCAACAUGUUUGGAUUUAGUUGGCUCAUAUCAAUGCAUUUGUCCACCAGCUUAUUCAGGUGUCCACUGUGAUAUAGAAUUACACAGUAAUUUCAGCAUGUUAUUUGAGUUUUCUGGCACAGUGGAUUACGUUGAAAUGAGAAAUAGUCUGCCAGAUAUGGUGGAAUUCACACUAGCAUUUUGGUUGAGGACAUCAGAUAAACAGAACUAUGGAACAGUUAUAUCAUAUGCUGUAGAAAACAAUAAUGAUAACUUCAAUACACUGGUGAUUACAGACUAUAGUGGCUUUGUUCUGUAUGUAAAUGGUGAGAGUAUAGUGACUGAUGUGACAGCCAAUGACGAUAUAUGGCAUCAUAUAGCUGUGACCUGGUCAUCAAUACAAGGUGUAUGGCACAUAUAUAAAGAUGGUAGUUUAGCAGCCACUGGCGAUGCUCUUUCUCCUAAUUAUAUUUUACCAGGUGGUGGUAUACUAGUUCUUGGACAGGAGCAGGAUACUUAUGGUGGCAGUUUUAGCGCACCAGAGUCAUUCGUUGGACAGCUAUCAGUUCUCAAUAUCUGGGAUAGAGUAUUCACAAAAGAAGAAAUUGACAACAUAGUUUUGAGUUGUCAGGAUUACCAUGGUAAUAUCAAAGCGUGGCCUGACUUUUUGCAAGGAAUCCAGGGAAGAGUCCGUACCAUUGAUUCGAAAGAUGUUUGUCAUGGUUGUCCUUAUCCAGAUCCUCCUAGGAAUGGAUCAAUACGUGGAUUAUCGUCAUCAUUAGCAGCUCCUGCAGCUGAAAUACGAUUUAGUUGUGAUCCUGGUUUUGAUCUUGUUGGGUAUCAUAUAAGUAGAUGUCACAUACACAACAACUGGAUACCAGAACCACCUAAUUGUAAAAUACAAAAAUGUAGUUUUCCAAGUGACAUCAUAAAUGGUAAAAAAAAUAUGACUUCUCAUUCCUAUGGUGGGGUAGUUAAGUGGUUCUGUAAGCAUGGUUAUACAUUGGUUGGAAAUGCAGAGAUAACAUGUAAAGAAAAUGGCAUAUGGAGUGGGUCAAAACCAACAUGUCAGAUUAUACAAUGUGAUGAUCUGCCCCAGGUAUGGCAUGGAACAGUAACAGAAAUCAGCAGAACAAUAUUAACUUCUGGAAGUAUAGUGACAUUUGGAUGUGACCCAGGAUAUACACUUAUAGGAGACAGUGCAGUCAGGUGUGAACAAAAUGGAAACUGGAGUGCAGUGCCUAAAUGUGUACCUCGGAAAUGUGAAAGUCCAUCUUCUAUUGAUAAUGGAAAAAUAACUUCAACUGGAUCAACCUAUGGUGAUACUAUGAAGUACAGUUGUGACAAGGGACAUUAUCUUAUCGGAGAAGACAGCAGGAAAUGUGACAUUAAUGGAAAGUGGAGUGGUAAUGAGCCUGUCUGCCAAGUGGUGACAUGUAAACACCCUACAAAACCUGAUCAUGGAGAUGUUUCUGUUAAUGACCAUACAUAUGGGAGUAUUGCUGAGUUUUGGUGUGAAGCAGGAUAUGUACUGAAAGGAAACAAAACAGCUAAAUGUUUCGAUUCUGGUGACUGGGUUUCUGCACCAACAUGUGAGCCAGUGGAAUGUGGUCUGCCAGAGAAUCCCCUCCAUGGCACAAGAAACGUGACCGGGGUUGUCUUCAGAGAUACUGUUACAUAUGAUUGCGAUUAUGGAUACAACUUGAGUGGGGUUAAGAUUCGUACAUGUCUGGAAUCCAGUUUAUGGAGUGGAAUCGCUGCAGAGUGCAUCCCUGUGUCAUGUGGCAAACCAAAAGAUGUUGAUGAUGCUAAACACAUUGGUUCUAACCAUUAUUAUGGUGGUUCAGUGAUAUAUAAAUGUAGAGAAGGUUAUUUGAUGACAGGACAUGAUAAUACAACCUGCCAGGCAAAUGGAGAGUGGAGUGAGCCACCAAGAUGCAAUCCUGUAAAAUGUGGUUUUCCAAAACAGAUUAAACAUGGAAAGUUGACUGUGACAGGCAUAGAACUACGACAGGUUGUAAUGUAUAAUUGUGAGGUAGGUUAUCAGAUACAAGGUACUUCAAGACGCAUUUGUCAACCUUCGGGUAACUGGAGUAAUCGUGAUCCCAGUUGUGAACCUGUUGAGUGUGGUCCACCACCUCAUGUUCCAAAUGCCAACAAUGUAGGUAAUAAUUACACUUACAAUCAACAAGUUGUGUAUUCAUGUAAAGUUGGUCAUGAAAUGGCUGGUGCAGCUAUAUCAACAUGUACAGCAAACCGAGAGUGGACAACUCCACCUGAGUGCCGUCCAAUCAACUGCAACCUACCACCUGAUGUUGAACAUGCUUCUUCCGUUGGUCAUUAUACAACCUUUGGUAGCACUGUCAAUUACACUUGUGACAAUGGGUAUUUAAGCAAACAUAACUUGGCAAUUACAUGUUUGGCUGACAGAAACUGGACCCCUGCACCCAUAUGUCAGCCUGUAAAUUGUGGUACUCCUUGGUAUGUCGACCAUGCUGUGAUAAAUGGCUCACAGUUUACUUACUCUAAAUCAGUCACAUAUAGUUGUGAAUUAGGAUAUAUAUUAAAGGGUGAUGCAGAGCAUUUAUGCCGUGCAGACGCCACAUGGAGUGGAAGUUCUCCAGUCUGUGAAAUUAUUAACUGUGGAACACCAGAUGUUGUGCAUCAUGCUGAAUAUACUGGAACUAACUUUAGUUAUGGUUCCAUCUUGGAAUUUAACUGUCUAUCUGGAUAUACAAUACAUGGGAAUGAGACUGUUAUAUGUCGUGAAGAUGGCAAAUGGACACAGGUUCCACACUGUGAACCAGUAAACUGUGGAGCACCUCAAUCAGUGCCAAAUAGCUUGAUUGAAGUUAGCGGAAACACCUUUGGUGAUUCUGUGAAAUAUGAUUGCAAUGUGGGAUACAAGUUGUAUGGAAUUCACGAAAUAACAUGUCUUGCUGAUGCACAGUGGAGUGAUAAUGUCCCUGUAUGCCAGAUUAUAUCAUGUGGCACACCAUAUAAUGUCACACAUGCAACAUAUACUUCAACUGGAGAUGUUUAUAACAGUGUCACUGAGUAUGCCUGUGAUGAGGGGUAUGAUAUGAUUGGCGAAGACACUAUAACAUGUUUACAUAAUGAGGAAUGGGCAGCAGCACCAAUAUGUGUUCCUGUGGAUUGUGGCACUCCUCACAAAAUACACCGUGGUUCCAUUAUAUUUAGUGGUCAGGUAUUUGGAGACACAGUAGAAUACAGUUGUGAUAAAGGUUACAAAAUAAUUGGCAAUAAACAAAGAAACUGUCUUUCAACUGGUAGCUGGAGCAGUCAAGAACCAGAAUGUAAACUAAUAUCAUGUGGUGAGCCACUGAAAUUAGAUCACGGCCGUUACACAGCAAGGGCACAUGUGUAUGGCAGCAAAGUUGAAUAUUCCUGUCACAGUGGUUAUGAACUAGCUGGAAGCGCUACAGUUGAAUGUCUCGCUACUGGUCAGUGGAGCCAACUUCCAAUCUGUCUGCCAGUUUCAUGUUUUGUACCAGAGACUAUCCCACAUAGUAUUAUUACAGCAACGACUUACACUCAUGGCAGUAUUGUCAGUUACGAGUGUGAAACUGGUUAUCAGUUGAGAGGUAAUCAUCAGAGAACAUGCCAAGCUGAUGCCAGUUGGAGUGGAAAACCCCCAACUUGUGAUAUAAUUCAAUGUGGUCCUCCAGUUGAUGUGAAUUACGCUGUAGUUAAUGGGGAGAAUUAUGUGUAUGAGAGCAUAGUGGAGUUUAUAUGUGAGCCUGGCUAUAAGAUGAUAGGCAAUAGUAAUGUGAUAUGUCAGGAAACUGGUAAAUGGACAAUACCUCCUGUGUGUUCCCCAGUUAGCUGUGGUCCCCCAACAAGUGUGUCCCAUGGCAGUGUUCUAGGUGAGGGUUACACAUAUAAGCAAACUGUACAAUAUCAAUGUGAUGUAGGGUACAUAUUAAUUGGUGAACAUGAAAGAACUUGUCAAAAUGAUGGUUCAUGGGGUGGGGAAUCUCCUGUCUGCCAGAUUAUUUCAUGUGGCCCACCUAAAGUUGUUGAUAAGGCUACACAAACUGGUGAUAGAUAUACCUUUGGAAAUGCGGUAAAUUACAAAUGUGACGUAGGAUAUAGACUGCAAGGAAACAAAACAAUAAUAUGCCUAGCAGAUUCAAAGUGGACUGCCGGUCCCAUGUGUAAUCCAGUAGAUUGUGGAAGGCCAGAUGAAAUUGAUAAUGGUGUGGCAACUGUACAUGGUACAACUUUCAAAGAACGUACAACAUACACAUGUAAUUUGGGAUAUCUUCUGGAAGGCGACAGUCACAGAGACUGUUUAGAGGAUGGCAGCUGGAGUGGUGAAGCACCAGAAUGUCGAAUAGUAACAUGUGGAACAGCUGUUGAUCUGCACCAUGCUUCACAUAAUGGAAGUGGUAUUCAUCAGUAUGACGAUGCAGUACACUAUAGGUGUCAUGUAGGAUAUGAGAAGCAAGGAUACCAUAUCGUAAAGUGUACAGAUACUGGAGAGUGGACAGAUCAACCAACUUGUCAGCCAGUUUCUUGUGAUAGACUGGAUAGACUAGCGAAUGGUAGGAUUCAGACCAGUGGACACACCUACCAACACAAUGCAACAUACAACUGUGAUAAAGGAUACCACUUGCUGGGGAAUUCUGUACGAACAUGUUUGGCUAAUAAAACAUGGAGUGGAGUGUCUCCAAGUUGUGAUCUCAUCAGUUGUGGAACACAGCCAGAGAUUCAGCAUGCAAGAUCUGAUAACAGCAGUGAGCAUACAUAUGGAGCAGUUGUUGAAUUUAGUUGUAAUUCUGGAUAUGUCUUAAGUGGUAACAGCACAAUAAUAUGCAAAGAAAAUGGUCAGUGGACACAUCCACCAGUAUGCACACCUAUAACUUGCCAGCAGCCAGAUGCUGUGGAAAAUGCUAUUGUUAGUUCAAAUGGACAUUCAUACAAACAUAAGAUUUCAUACCGCUGUGACAUUGGCCAUCAACUCAUUGGUGACAGUGAGCGUGAAUGCUUAGCUGAUGGUAGCUGGAGUGGAGAAGCUCCACUCUGUCAGAUUAUGUCAUGUGGACUACCUCAUGAAGUAAGCCACGCAGAUUACAUUGGAGGUACCUUUACUUAUGGCAGUUCAGUGAGAUAUUCAUGUCAUAGUGGGUAUGACCUAAAAGGCUAUAAGGUUAUAAGGUGUUUGAUGAAUGGUGUUUGGACCCCAGGACCUGUUUGCACACCAGUAUUAUGCAAAGACUUGGAACAGGUUGAUAAUGCCAUUGCAACUUUUACUGGUCAAACCUUUGGACACAGAGUUAUCUAUGCCUGUUAUACAGGGUUUCAACUCAAUGGUGAUAGUGAGAGAGUAUGCCAAGCCAAUGGAGAAUGGGAUGGUGAGUCACCAGUCUGUGAAGUUGUAAGGUGUAGCCGACCCCCCAAUGUCAGAUUUGGUCUGAGCAGAGGAAAUUAUAAUGAUGAAUAUGAUAGCUUUGUUCGUUACAUUUGUAAACCUGGAUAUAGAAUAACUGGAACACAAACUGUAAGGUGUGAAGCAUCUGGUAAAUGGAGCACUCCUCCUAGUUGUGUCCCUGUGAAAUGUACUCAGUUGACUAAUAUACCACAUGGCACUGCAACCACUCUGAGAAACACCUAUGGUGGAAGUGUUCUCUAUGACUGUGAACAAGGAUAUACAUUAAUAGGCAGUAAGGAAAGAAUUUGUGAAGCAAGUGCUACUUGGAGUGAAAGCCAACCAACUUGUAGGAUUGUGUCAUGUGGUCUUCCGACGGAUGUUCCCUAUGCUUCACACUCAAGUAGUGAUUACACGUUUAAAAGUACUGUGUCAUACAUCUGUGAUCCCGGUUACGAAAUGGUGGGAGAUGCCACAUCAGAGUGUCAAGCCAGUGGUAGCUGGACAGCAGCUCCGGUUUGUAUACCAGUCAGUUGUGGCCAACCUGCAGGCAUCCAGCAUGCAUCAAUAAUUGGUGAUGAUUUUAGUUAUGGGGAUACAGUUAAAGUGGAAUGUCAUUCAGGUUUUUACAUACAAGGAGAACAGUUGUUGAGGUGUCAGACAAACAGAAAAUGGUCAGCACGACCUGAGUGUAUCAUUGUGACAUGUGGUGAACCAACACCUAUCCUCCAUGCUACAGUAGUAGCCCAUGAAUUAAAUUAUGGCAACAAAGCUGAGUAUAAAUGCUUUACUGGAUAUGAACUACGCGGCAAUAACAUGGUGGUAUGUCAAUCAACCUCAGAAUGGACAGCUCCUCCUGCAUGUGAACCUGUGUCAUGUGGGCCUCCACCAUCAUUGGACCACGCUACAACAACCAGCACUGGACACAGAUUCACAGAUGUUAUCACAUACCACUGUGAUAUAGGGUAUAGACUGGAAGGACAGGUGGAGAGAGAAUGCAAUGCCUAUGGCCACUGGAGCGGAGAGUCUCCGCAAUGUUUAUUGAUUUCAUGUGGAGCUCCUGAAAAAGUUAGUAAUUCAGUGCAGAUUAAUACUGCCUAUACAUAUAAUAGCAUAGUUACAUACAAUUGCAAACCAGGGUACGAGUUAAUAGGAACAAGAGAGAUUGUCUGUACAGUUAAUAGUGAGUGGACUCCAGAACCUCCAGAGUGUAGAAUUGUAAAAUGCCCAACCCCAAAGCCCAUUGUGAAUGGUCAGAUUCAUGGAACUGAAUACACAUUUAGUCAUGUGGUGACUUAUACCUGCAAGUCUGGAUACAGACUGGUGGGUAUUGGAAGCCAGACAUGUUUGAUGAACAAAACGUGGAGUUACACUCAACCAAAAUGUGAAGGCAUCAGUUGUAAACCACCAGACACUAUUGCCCAUGGACAGGUUGUGGGUGAUACAUUUGACUUUGAUAGUACUGUGCAGUAUGUUUGUAAUGCUGGUUAUGAACUGGUUGGUACAGGCAUUAGAAAAUGUACAGCAGAUUCAUCUUGGAGUGAAGUAGCACCAUUGUGUAUACCUGUGGUAUGUGGCACACCACCACAUGUUGACCAUGGCAGAUACUCUCUACAACAUGGCGAUGACUUCACCUAUAAAAGUAGGGUGCAAUACAGAUGUGAUAUUGGUUAUACGGAAGAUAUCGAUGGACUGCUAGAAUGUGGUGAAGACAGUAGAUGGUAUGGACGGGUACCAAUCUGUCACAGGAUCUCUUGUGGUGAGCCUCAGCAACCUGAGAAUGGUUUCAUCAAAUCUGGCAACUUUCUUUACCAAGACACUGUACAAUAUACCUGUCUUCCAGGAUUUAAUUUAGUAGGACAGAACACACGUGACUGCCUGUCAAGCAAGCAAUGGACUGGUCAUGUGCCACUAUGUGAACCAAUAUCUUGUGGUCCGCCUCCUGUUGUGAGAUUUUCCAAGGCACAUGGUGUUCAGUACACCUUCAACAGCACUGUCUUGUACACCUGUCACAGGGGUUACAGCACUGUUGGUGAGAGUGAAGUGAGGUGUUUAGACAGUGGUAGCUGGUCUGAUGAUGUACCUACAUGUGUUCCUGUGUCAUGCGGUGUGCCCCCAAGACUAAGGAAUGGUAAUUACCAUGGAAUGGAAUAUACAUUUGGUAAUUCCUUACAUUACUACUGUCAUCCUGGCUAUACCAUUCAAGGUAGUCCAUUACAACACUGUGCAGCUAAUGGUCAAUGGAAUGGUACUACACCACAGUGCGUACCUGUGCAAUGCAGUGCUCCAAAUUCCAUCAAAUACGGAACAAUUAUUGGUACUAUAUGGGCUUUAGGUAACACAAUACACUAUGGCUGUCACACUGGGUACCAGCUACUUGGUAAUAGUAGCCGAACAUGUCAAGCGAGUGGAGAGUGGAGUGGACAGACACCAACAUGUCAACCAAUAUCAUGUGGCAAUCCACCAGUAUUGGAACACAGCUUUAUAUCAGGUGGUAAUUACAACUAUGGAGACUAUGUGGUGUAUGUGUGUCAAGAUGGAUACAUAUUACAUGGAAACAGUGUGCGUCAGUGUCAAGAAGAUGCUCGCUGGAGUGGUGGGAAUGUGACAUGUGAUCCAGUCUACUGUAGUGAAAUAAGCUCACCAGUGCAUGGCAAUGUAAUUGCAUAUGAUUACAGCUUUGGUAGUAAAUCUUACUAUUCAUGUAAUGACGGGUUUACUCUGAGAGGAGCUUCAUAUAGAACGUGUUUAGCAAGUGGCGACUGGAGUGGACAGGUACCAAGAUGUGAGCCUGUGUCAUGUGGACCAGCACCCGCAGUAUCAAAUGCAGUGACGUUAACAUCUGCCAAUAGAGUAGCUUACAAAAACCAGCAAUUUGUUUUCGGUAAUUCAGUUUGGUUUGACUGUCAAAUAGGAUACAGACUUGAAGGGAAAGUUGUGGUAGUUUGCAAUGCUGAUGGCAAUUGGUCUGAACCUCCAACAUGUCAGCCUCUUCAAUGCAGUGCACUGGCUAGUAUCGAUCAUGGAUAUGUUACUUCACCUGGUUAUACUGUCAACACCACUGCAAUGUAUGGUUGUUAUGAUGGUUAUGAACUACAUGGAAGUAGCACUACAGUCUGUCUAACUGAUCAAACAUGGAGUCACCCCCAACCUGUUUGUCAACCGAUUUCAUGCGGACAGCCCACAAAAUUGAGCAACUCUGUGUUGCAAAGUUUGGAUUCAGAAACAAGUUACAGAAGUAUUAUCAAUUACAAGUGUAAAGUUGGAUACAGACUGAUUGGUAAUGGAACAUCAAUAUGUCAACAUGAUAAAAGGUGGAGUCCUACCACAGCUGUUUGUUCACCUGUAGACUGUGGCGCAUCUCCUGAUGUAGCUAAUGCGGUUAAAACUGGUUCUGGACAUUAUUAUGGUGACACAGUCACAUAUAAUUGUGGUCACAGUUAUCAGUUGGAGGGACCUUCUGCGAUACACUGUGGAGAUGAUGGGCAAUGGCAAGGAACACCAAUAUGUGUUGGUAGGUUAUACCACUAUAUGAAUAUCAAUCCUUAUAACAAUAACCAAAUAAUGGUCAAAUGA